AAAUAAUAAAAGAAAUGGGUGCAGAAAUUUUAAAUCUGUAAAAGUUAAGCUGAAGAAAGGAAUAAGUCGAAGACGAAGCAACAUCGAGAACUUCGCUUGCCCAUCGUCCCAAAGACCCAAUCCAAUCCAAUCCAAAAUUCUCUUCUCUUCUCGGCUUGCUAACUUCUUCUCUGCUUCAAGUUUUAGUCUCACGGUGGAAGGUUUCAAUGGCCGGGAAAGCUGCUCCCAGACCAACUAUGCUUUCUGUAUACCUUUAUAUUCCCAAUAUCAUUGGUUACAUAAGGGUUCUUAUGAACUGUUUUGCUUUUGCACAAUGCUUCUCGAACAAAAAGCUGUUCUCUGUUCUCUAUUUCUUUAGCUUUGUGUGUGAUGGCAUAGAUGGUUGGUGUGCUCGUAAAUUUAACCAAGUUUCUACAUUUGGAGCUGUUUUAGACAUGAUAACAGACAGGAUUAGCACUGCUUGUCUGUUGGUUAUCCUUUCCCAAGUGUACCGGCCUGGCUUAGUUUUCCUCUCAUUGCUUGCGUUAGAUAUUUCCAGCCACUGGUUGCAGAUGUACAGUACUUUCUUGUCGGGCAAGGUUAGUCAUAAAGAUGUAAAAGACAGCACUAGUUGGCUUUUCAGGUUAUAUUAUGGAAAUCGGAUGUUUAUGGCUUACUGUUGUGUGGCAUGUGAGGUUCUUUAUAUAUUGUUGUUUCUUCUUGCAAAGAACCAGACUGAGAAUUUGAUGGAUGUUUUAACAAGUUCGGUUAAACAGAAUGCACUGCUUUGUAUUCUAGUUAUCUUGAGUUUAUUUGGAUGGGCGGUCAAGCAAGCUGUUAAUGUUAUACAGUUGAAGACAGCAGCAGAUGUAUGCGUGCUAUAUGACGUCGAGAAAAAGCAGAAGCCCUAACGUGUCUAAAUUUCUUGUACAAUCCAAGUGACAUCUCAUGUUCAUACUCUGCUGUUUACUUGUUCAGCUGUUCCCACUCAAAUAUCCAUCUUAACAUAGCCAGAUGGUUUUGCUAUUACCAAUUGAUUGAUUGUAACGGGGGAAGGGGAAAGGGAAAAAAAGGAUUAUAAAUAUUCUCAUGACAUGUUUUGUCUCUGCUGGAUUUUCUUCUAAAUUCCCCUCUUUUGGGGAGUGUAUAUUGUGAAUUCAAAUAGCCUUGUUGCUAUUGCCUAAUUGGGAUUUGUACAUUGGUUAUAUGUGUGACUUGUUACACCAGAAAAUUUUGAACUAAUGAUUUUAUUGACAUUUGAUAUUUUUCUAAAUCCUUCACAAGCUGAAGACUUCGAUGUGUA